AUGGCGGAUCGCAGAAAACAACUAAAGGACGACCCGGGAGCCUUACGUGACCUAAGGCAGAUUGAAGAGACGAUGCAUAAAAGGAAGGAUGACCUUGAGAUGGCCCUCAAGUUUCUCACUUACUCAGAAGACACUGAAGAGUUCCUCAGUUGGGAGGACUUCCUGGGAAAAAGCCCGAGCUGGCAGGAAAUGUCCUCCGCCGAGCGUAUCCGGAUCUUGCUUCAAAAUGGCCUAGCACGAGAUCUGGCCCGUUUCCAUAAGAUUAGCCACAGGCUACGGUCAUACUAUCGAGAGAUUAGUGACCUGGAAGAAGUUGAACCCGAAUCCGUUGAAGUGCAUUGGGACACUGUGCGAAGUAGAAUGAUCGAGAUAUUUAGCUCUGCCGAGGAUGACAGGUUGGAGCUACCCCACUUCAAGAAGGGAGAAAGUCUAACCCACUGGGCCUUGCAUGCCUGCGGACUUUAUGCGGCAAAAGCCCUUACGUGGGCCCAGCUGGUGAAGAAGGUUGAGAAGACCGUUCCACACCCUUCCUUAAUAGGGAAAGUCUUUGAUCCAUCAAAACCAGAGAUGCAGCGAUUUGUAGACGUUUGUCGAGCCAUCGACCGGAAAGAACAAACUCAGCAGACAUCCCAAACUUCGACCACUAAGAAAUCAGGAGGCACCAACUCCCGUUUGAACCUCGUCUGUACGUACUGCAAGAAGAAAGGGCAUAAGGAAGAAGAGUGCUUUACAAAGAAGAACAAAGAGUCGAAAGAGACUAAACCCAAAGCUAAGUUAACGUCUUUGGAACCGCAAAUGAGGACGAACAUACCUCUACCGGAAGAAGAUAAAGUCGAACUAGAAGGACCGUGCAUCGCUGAGUUCACCCUAGGUUCAGGAAAACCAAUGAGUGGAACAUAUGGCACAGGAUCCCAACUGAACGUGAUUAAUUGGGAGAUGUAUGAGCAGUUAGUACAAGAGCAGGGGCCGAUACAGUGUUAUGAACCAGAAAUAACAUCUCUGUAUAACGUAAACGGAAAGGAAGUGAGAACCGAGAGCCUAAUUGUUAUGUCAAUGAGCGUAAAAGGAGUUGAGGUCGGAAGGCAACAAUUCUAUAUUAUCCGAAACAAGAGGCUGGAUCAACCCUUAAUAGGUCUACCUGCUAUUCGAGCAUACGAAAGCCGGAUAGAUGCACUCAAGACAAAAGUACAACUAGAUCAAUAUCCGAUACCCGGAAUUCUUACCAUCACUGAUGCACUAAGAGACACUACCGCGUUCUCCAAGAUCGAUUUAAAGGAAGGGUUCGUCAAUGUUCCCCUACGAAAGAGUGAGAGAGUCAAAACAACUAUAACUAGUACAUGUAUAUCCAACUUAGAUCGGGUUGUGUUUAGUAUUGAAGAGUAA